GUCCACAACAUCCGAUUGUCUCUCGGCGGCGGCGGCACAGCUACUGUUAUCCAAGAUGUCGGACAGCUGUUACAAUUGUGGUCGGUCGGGGCAUAUGUCACGCGAUUGUCCAAGCGGUUCUAGGGGCCGGGGCGGUGGUGGCGGAUACCGUGGUUCUCGUAGUGGAGGUGGAGGAGGAGGCGGCGGCGGCGGUGGUCGCGACGCGUGCUACAACUGUGGGCAGCCAGGGCAUAUGGCCCGGGACUGUGUGAAUGGUCGUGGCUAUGUUGGUGGAUACGGUGGAGGAGGAUACGGCGGUGGUCGGGACACCUGUUACAACUGUGGUGGAUCUGGUCAUUUUGCGCGUGAUUGCACUGCGCAGAGAAGCGGUGGUUAUGGUGGCAGUGGUGGUGGCGGUGGAGGCGGAAGCAGAGGAGGUGAUCGAGGAGGAUGCGACGCGUGCUACAACUGUGGGCAGCCAGGGCAUAUGGCCCGGGACUGUGUGAAUGGUCGUGGCUAUGUUGGUGGAUACGGUGGAGGAGGAUACGGCGGUGGUCGGGACACCUGUUACAACUGUGGUGGAUCUGGUCAUUUUGCGCGUGAUUGCACUGCGCAGAGAAGCGGUGGUUAUGGUGGCAGUGGUGGUGGCGGUGGAGGCGGAAGCAGAGGAGGUGAUCGAGGAGGAUGUUACAACUGUGGGGAGUCGGGGCAUAUGGCGCGUAGUUGCCCCAAUAACAGAAGCAACGGUGGAUCGAGUGGCGUUCAGUGUUACAGGUAUACGGGUGGAUGUGUUUUCUGAUACUUUGGUUUAGGUGUCAGCAGUAUGGUCACUUCGCUCGCGAUUGUUCGGAAGGCGGAAACUCUGGUCCCCAGUGCUAUAAAUGUCAAGCGUAUGGCCACAUUGCAGCUCGCUGCGAUGCUCAAGCGUGAACGGAUGCUGAACUGAGCCGGUUCCCCCCGGCGUCCCCCGUUUUCCAGAGAUGACCCGUGAACGCAGUGCAUGUGUAGGGGUUUCAUCUUGGAUCCUGCCCAUUUAUUAAUUAUAUAUUUCUCGCUAUAUUGUGUUAUGCUGACAGCUGAGAUAUUGGUUGGAGCUUGCGUACGCCUCUGCUAUUUGGGCGUGCUCUGUGGAUUUCGUGACUAGUCUCGAA